AUAACAAAAAAAAUGUUCAAUAACUAUAAACUUCUAUUUAUUCACUAAAGGUCGUAAAGUUUGCAGAAGCUAGAAAAAAUGUCAACCCGUUCGAAACGUUCCUCUACAGCCACUGCGAGUAACAGGGGACGUACCUUACGCAAGCAGAAAAUCACCGAGGAUAGCAUCGACUCUAUGUGCCGGGUGUGUAUGCGGUGGAAUUCGAGUCCGCUGAUGGUUGAUCUGUUCAACCGGGCGUUCCAGGACACGAAGCUGUCCGAAGUGCUUUCGCUCGUCGGAUCAGUGCAGAUCUCCCAGGACGAUCGGUUACCGAAGGUGUGCUGUACGCGAUGCUUGAAGGUCCUAGAACGAGCUUACAAGCUGAGAAUGCUCUGCCAGGAUUCGGAUAGGAAACUUCGCGAUUUGUUUUCCGAUGUGGAAGUUGCGGUGGUGAAGGAAGAGUUCCAUACUGAUGAGAUGAAUCCACUGGAAGUUGUUUGUAACCCGGAUGUGGAUAGAUUGUUGGAUGAUGAGAAAGAGGCUGGUCCCUCGGAGAAUAUUGUUCAGCCGAAACUUGAGAUUGAAGCGGAUGAGGAUGUAGAAGAUUGGAUUGAGAUGGCGGAUAAUGGUGCUGCGCUCGAAGACAAGGAACCGGAAGAACAGCCGGAGGAAAAAAUUAAACGCGAGUCUAAAAAGUUUAAAUAUCCUGAUGUUUUCGACGAGAUACCUGCCGUUGGUUUUAGAUGCUGCGGAUGCAAGAAAAUUGUCGAUACGUUCGAAGAAUUGCUCACUCAUAGCCAGGUAGCUCAUGCGGAAAAAAAGCAACCGACAUUGCAGUUGCUACAAAAGAUGCAGUGCGAUAUCUGUUAUAAAGUGUUGUCAAAUUCCAGUGCUCUGGAAAGCCACAAUAACUUGGGCAAAGUAAACUAUCGCUGCAAGUCCUGUGGGGAUCUUUUCUGGAACAAGAGGAGAGUGUAUACCCAUUUCAAGCGGCUGCACGGUCCAAAUCCAACGAUUUCGGGUCCCUUGCGGAUUUGCUGCGCAUGUUUGGAAAGGUUUGAAACUGAACAACAGCUAAGAGAACAUUCCGUGGCUAUACACCUUCCGGAGAAGCCUCCACCGAACCCAAGCCGUCCGUUUAUCUGCAACAUUUGCUACCGUAACUACAAAACCGAUACGGACCGGUACGCUCACCAAACUAGGAUGAUCAAGCACGCCAAGAAUCACAUGUGUUUCGAAUGUGGCAAAACCUUCAAGCAUCCGUGUUUACUGCGAGAUCAUGAAAUAUUCCACACCGGAGAGAAAGUGUUCCAAUGUCCGCAUUGUCCUGCAUCGUACAGCAGUAGGGAAAGCUACCGCACGCAUGUGCAGGGCCAUACGAUGCCAAUAGAUAAGUACAAGUGCAAAAUAUGUGGCCGCUGCUUCAAGAAACCGGCGGGCCUUAAAGAGCAUGUUCGCCUUCACACCGGAGAGCGUCCCUUCCAGUGUACCUAUUGCCCGGCAAGUUUUGCGCGAACAUCUUGUCUUAAAGCACAUCUGCUUACCCAUACAGGUGAAAAGAACAUCCAAUGUCCUUUGUGUGAAAAGCGAUUCGGACGGACCAGCGAAUGCCAAAAGCACGUGCAAUUUGUUCAUCAUAGGCUAAAACCGUUCCCGUGCUUUUUCUGUCCGAAGCGCUACCCACGGAAGGACUACCGCAAGAGGCACAUGGUGAGUGCCCAUCCAAACGAACUUCGCGACAAUCCUGUACCGGAGAUUGAACUCUUUGGUAAGUCGCGGUGGCUUAAUGUGCAGAAUGAAGUGUCACAAUCUCAGCAAAGUACGAUACUUGAGUUUUACACGAAGAAAGGUUUGAAAAAAAAAUCGCCAAUGAUUACUCGUAAAAAGCGGGCCUCCAAUGUUGGACCAACUGUCUCCAGCAAAGGACGUAGGCUGCCGGAGCAAGAACCUGCGGUAGAGGAAACAAUUAGAACAAGUAAUACAAUUUGUCGCGUCUGCUUGAGUUGUGACGAUCCGGAACCGCCUGGUAUUCACCUGUUCAAGCGAGUCGUCCAGGGAAUAAAGCUAUCGGAGGUGCUCGCACUGGUUGGAGCGGUGGAAAUUGAGGAGGACGACGGUUUACCGGAGUUCUGUUGCACGAAAUGUCUGGAAAGUGUGGAGCAGGCCUACAAGCUGCGGGUACUCUGUCAGGACUCGGAUCGACAGCUGCGAACUAAGUAUAUCGACGUGGAACAUGUGGCUGUAAAAGAGGAGGUGGGUGAAGGUGAGAUGAAUUCUCCUGAAGCAAAGGAUGCUUCUGUGGAAGAUGCGAAUGUUUCAACUUUGGAGAUAAAACACGAAACUCUGGAGGAAGAAGUUCUGGAUAAUGAACCCGUCAUUUCCGAUGUAGAUGACCAGGAGCAAAAUUAUGAAAAGACAGCUAGAAUGACAUCCCAGAAGUCGAAACUUUCCGAAGUGUUUGAUGAAAUUCCUGCCAUCGGCUUCAGUUGCUGUGGUUGCAAACAUCCCUUUGAUACACUUGAAGAUUUGCACGAGCACGGUCGAGAGGUUCAUUCGGUGAACAAGCUAUCAGCGAACCAGUUGAAUCGAAAGAAGCAGUGCGAUGUUUGCUACCGACUUUUUACUGAGAAUCGUUCCUUGAUCAAACACAAGCAUUCCAGUGGGACUAAUGUACGGUGCAAAACAUGUGGCGAUAUUUUCUCAAACCGAGCCCAAGUAUACGCGCACUACCGACGGAUGCACGGCCCGAAUGCAACAGUUUCCGACUCGUCACGGCUUUGCUGUGGAUGUAAGAAAAAGUUCGAAUCUCUGGAAAAGCUCAAGGCACAUUCAGAAGCUGUGCACUUUCCGGAUAAGCUUCCACCUGAUCCAGAGCGACCAUUUGUCUGCGACAUUUGCUAUCGCAACUACACGACCGAUGCCCGUCUAUUCGCCCAUCGAAUUAGAUUGAUUAAACGCAGCAAGAAGCAUCAGUGCGUACAAUGUGGCAAGACUUUUACAUUUCCCAGCCAGCUACAAGACCAUGAACUGAAUCACAUCGGCGAAAAGAUCUUCCGCUGUCCAGAAUGCCCGGAGGCAUACAGUAACAGGGAAAGUCUUCGCAAGCACGUCCAACGUCACCGGACACCCAAGGAUAAGUUUCAGUGCAAAAUUUGCAAUCGAUGCUUCAAGACAAACUACGUUCUGAAGGAACAUCUAGUGUUGCACACGGGAGAACGGCCCCGGAAGUGUCCUUACUGUCCGGCGAGCUUCGCUAGGGAAUCGUGUCUUACUCAACACGUGAAGUAUUUCCAUCAGAAACUGAAACCGUUUCCGUGCUUUUUCUGCCCGAAGCGGUACCCCAGGAUGGGCUACCGCCGGAAGCAUAUGGAAAAGACCCAUGCGGACGAACUGCGAGAGAAUCCCAUACCGAUGGGUGAACUUUUUGGCAAGAGACAGAAAGGUUCUCAAGAGGAGCACUAAUGUCUUAACAUGUAUGAAACGAAGUUUGCCGCACAUGGUUAGUCUGCCUUUUGACAUUGUGAGUAAAAAUAUUAUAAGGCUAUGCACUACAUGGUUUAUGCCUCCUCCAAGACUAUCAAGACAGUCCAAAAGAAAUGCAAUAAAUCACUCGCUUAAAGUGUUCUCUUAACUUCUCUUCAGAAUUAUUUUAUCU